AGCAUCCAUAAGGUGUGAGAAGUAUGUAUUUGAGUGAACGUUCCAAGCGUUUGCCGAGAGUGGUGGUGAUAGCUUUUAGUUGUGCGGCGAGCUAUGGAACAGUGGCAGCGUGUUUCGUUAAUUCUGUGCAUAUUCGGCUUCCUGAAGGAGUUUCGACCGAGUGAACCGUUUGUGUUUCAAUUUCUGACCGGUCCGUGGCACAACGUAACGGUCGAACAGGUGGUUCAGGAUGUGUUUCCCAUCGGGACGUAUUCCUAUGUGGCGCAGCUGGUGGUGGUGUUCUUGAUAACGGAUUACUUUCGCUACAAGCCGCUGAUCAUAGUGGCUGGUUUGGCCGGGACCUUGGUGUGGAGUUUGUUUGUGUGGACCAGUUCGCUAGCAGCACUGCAGAUCCUGGAGGUGUUCUAUGGGACGUACAUGGCUGCCGAUAUUGCGUAUUGGACGUAUAUUUACGCGAAGGUCGACAGAAGGCACUACCAGAAGGUAACUUCGCACAUCCGUUCGGCAACCCAAGCCGGACGGUUCCUGGCGGCGACCACUUCACAGACGCUUAUCUACUUUGGAAUUACCGACUAUCUAGGGUUGAACUACAUCUCGCUGGGAGUGCAACUCGCGACCACAGUAUGGGCAUUCAUGUUACCUCCAGUGCCUGCAAGCAUGUACUUCCACCAUCGAGAACAACCUUCAGAAGAGGAAAUCGAGCUCAAAUCGGACAACCAUCAAACUCAAACUCAACCUUCCGAAUCAACAUGGCAACGAGCAACAACGCUCCUUUGGAGUCACUUCAGGUCCGCUUACUCAAACUUUACGAUUAUACGGUACAGUUUGUGGUACUCGCUAGCAGUGUGCUUCUACUAUCAAAUCACAUCGUACGUGCAAGCUCUAUGGUCCGCCAUCGGUGGACCGGAUACUGUACUCUGGAAUGGAGCAGUCGAAGCCAUCUUAACCCUAAUGGGCUCCCUGGUCGCCCUCCUAGCAGGAUUCGUCCCUCAGAGAUUCCUUAAACUACACACCACCAUUCUUGGCUUAUCGAUGAUCGCCAUCCUAGAAGGCUUGGGACUACUCAUGGCAACGAAAACCUCCAACCUGACCGUUUCCUACGUUGGCUAUACCCUGUUCGGCAUUCUGCACGCUUUCACCAUCACGCUUGUCAGCUCGGAGAUCGCCAAACACAUCUCCGAUGACAGCUUUGCGCUGAUCUUCGGCAUCAACACCAUGGUGGGUUUGGUAUCGCAAACCAUACUCACCUUAGCCGUGGUGGAUAACGACGGCUGGUUCGCACUGGACAUCCGUGGGCAGUUUACCGUGUACAGCUACAGCUUCAUCGCCAUCGGACUGCUGUUUACCAUAUUCCUGGUAGUCGAGCUGUGUCGUCGAAGGAAACCGGAAACGAAACAGCCGGACUAAUCCAUAAGCUCAGAAGUUCAAACGAAGUUCGCAGAUACGGGUAUUACUA